AUGCAGCUCGCAUCGUACGGGGCGCGAGCCCUCAAACCUACUGGAGGGGGAACACUCCUCCACACCAACCACACAAGGUCGAUACACAUCCCAUCCAUUCCCCGCCCCAAUGUCGGUCAACCGACCUCCACCGCCCAGGCCGUCUUCAAGCAGACCCGCCACCUCUUCUCUCGCUUUGUCGCGCACCUGACGACCCCAGGCAUCUCUCGUCUGCCCGGCAGCGUCCCAGCAACGGGUCGCUCGCUGUACAAUGGGCCGACACAGAUGCGCUCCAUCCAACAGGGCCUCUCCUCUUCAGCGCGCUUCACCCUUUCCCGCCCACUGCAGCUACCCCGCCUCCCCAAGGCCCCCGCCGUCCCGCGGGGCGUCAGCCAAGUUGGCCUGGGGCUGGCCCGCAACUUCUCCACCGGCCGCCCCGUCUUCCAGAACCUCGUCGAGAACGUGCCGAUCACUGGGCGCGCCCUCUGGGAGGCUGACUGGGACACGCGGAUGCGCAAGGAACAGGAGAAGAUGCGCAUGCGCAAGAGCGUGAAGGGCAAGCAGUCCAAGAAGUCCAAGGAGAUGCUCCGCCCCCGCGAGACGAAGAAGGCGACGAAGGUGGUGACCGCAGUGGAGGAGCGCGAGGCCGACUUGGAGCACUACUUCCCCGCCGCCCCGCUCGAGAACCCCGAGGUGACGACCCACCUGCUCAUCCCGCUCGCCCCCGUUGUCGCGUCCGCGCGCGAGCCCCGCCUGCCCUUGUCAGCAUCGCCUGCCAACCACCCGCUGCUCCCGGUGCAAGUCCUCGCGAAUAUGCACGGCGCCCAUACCACCCACUCGUUACGCGUAUCCUCACUCUUCGCGCGGCUCGACGCCUCUCGCGUGUUCGAAAGCCCGCACGUCAAGUGUGAGGCGCAUGGCGAUCCAUUGGGGCUAGCGACACUCUUAGAGGUCACGUUCGACGGCUGGGACGAGAAGCGCGUCCGCAGCGUGCUCGGCGAGGCAGGCCAGGGAUGGUGCACAGUCGAAGAGGUAUGGAAAGACCGCGACGCGGAAGAGAGGCAGGCAAUGGACGAAGCUCUAGAGACCAUGUCGACCUCCGAGGAGUCCGUGCACUCCGACUGGCAUGUCGGCGUCCAGAUUGACCCUGCGCACUCCAUGGUCCUCCCCACCCUCGACUUCUCGGCGUCGUUCCCCGUCGCGUUCCCCUCGCCCGCACAGGCCGCGUCCCCCGCGGCGCUGUCGCGCCAGCCGUCCGACCUGUCGAUGUCCGACACGCUCUCGGAUUUCGCCUUUCACAACGCAUGGGCUGCGGCGCACCCACCGCCGCCGGACGACGCACGCUCCGACAGCGACAAGCUUUCGGACGUUGCGUCCGAGUCGAGCUGGGUAGAGACGAUGUACCAGCCCGACCUCGCCGCUGCCCACGCGCACGCGCCCGCGUCGGAGCGCAGCUGGUUCGGGUUCAGCUCCGAGUUCAUGGGCAGGAUGGGCCAGGAGGCGGAAGGUCCGAGGGAGGAUAUGUUCUGA